GCUGAGGAGAAGGGGCCCCAGGGCUGCCCGCGGCCAUGGGGGUGCAGGACCGGCCUCAGUGCUUUUUUGACAUAGAGAUCAACCGGGAGCCAGUUGGUCGAAUUAUGUUUCAGCUCUUCUCAGAUAUAUGUCCGAAGACUUGCAAAAAUUUCCUUUGCUUGUGCUCGGGUGAAAAAGGACUCGGAAAAACAACCGGAAAAAAGCUGUGUUACAAAGGCACUACAUUCCAUCGUGUGGUUAAAAACUUCAUGAUUCAGGGUGGGGACUUCAGUGAAGGUAAUGGAAAAGGAGGCGAAUCUAUUUAUGGUGGCUAUUUUAAAGAUGAAAACUUUAUUCUCAAACAUGACAGAGCGUUCCUUUUGUCAAUGGCAAACCGAGGGAAACAUACCAAUGGUUCCCAAUUUUUCAUAACAACAAAACCUGCUCCUCAUCUUGAUGGUGUACAUGUUGUCUUUGGACUGGUUAUUUCUGGUUUUGAAGUAAUAGAACAAAUAGAAAAUCUGAAAACUGAUACUGCAAGUAGACCCUAUGCAGAUGUACGAGUUAUUGACUGUGGGGUGCUUGUUACAAAAUCAGCAAAAGAUGCUUUGGAGAAGAAGAGAAAAGUAUAUUCUGACUCGGAAGCUUCAGACUCCUCCUCCAGUGCAUCAAGCUCUUCAGAAACUUCAUCUGAAAGUGAAGCGGAAAAUGAAAGAAGUAGAAGAAGAAAGCGUAAAAGAAGAGCUAAAACUAAACAGUCAAGGAAACGAAGAAAGGAAGAGAGGAAGAAAGAGGAUCCAAGGUGCAAGCGAACCUCAAACCAAAGACGCAGCCUUUCUGACAAGAGCGACGUAAAUGAAAAAGCAGUCGAUAUUAGCACAAAGAGGGACAAGCCUGUGGUACGUCCUGAAGAAAUUCCCCCAGUGCCUGAAAAUAGAUUUUUGCUAAGAAGAGAUGUGCCUGUUGUCAAUGUAGAACCUGAACCGAAGCUUCUCGAUGCUGCGCCAGUUGUGACUGACCAGAAACCAUCAGUCUCUAAAUCGGGACGAAAAAUUAAAGGAAGAGGCACAAUACGAUAUCACACUCCACCUCGGUCACGGUCAUGUUCUGAAUCAGAUGAUGAUGAGAGUAGUGAGACGCCUCCCCACUGGAAAGAGGAAAUGCAGAGAUUAAGAAUGUAUAGACCACCUAGUGGAGAAAAGUGGAGUAAAGGCGAUAAGUUGAGUGACCCAUGUACAAGCAGAUGGGAUGAAAGGAGUGCAUCCCGGAGAUCGAGAUCUUGGUCGCAUAAUGGCUAUUCUGAUCUAAAUGCUGUGAGAUAUUCUAGCCAUCACAAAAAACACAGAAAAGAGAAAAAGAAAGUGAAACAUAAAAAGAAAUCAAAAAAGCAAAAGCAUUUCAAGAAGCACAAGCAAACUAAAAAAAAGAAAACAUCACCAUCAUCAGAUGUGGAAUCCUCUCAUUCCUUCGUCAGGAGGACAAAAUCAUCUUGUGAUCGUGAGAGGAAAUCUCGUUCAUCUUCGUCGUCUUCUAGGCAUUCAUCCAGAAGAGACUGGUCUAAAUCUGACAAGGAAGAUCAGAGUUCAUCAACUUUAUCAAGCAGAGAGACUCGGUCAUACUACAGGUCCAGGUCCAGAUCUAGGUCUAAAUCAAGAUCUUAUUCCCGAGGAAGUUCUAGAUCGAGAUCAGCCUCUAAAUCAUCACGGUCUCGAAGCAGAUCAAGAUCAAGCUCUAACUCUAGGCAUCAAAAGACAGUUUCCAAUUCGCCACGAAAUGUUUCAACUCGAUUAAACGAAAAUAAGUUGAACAAGACUACUGACCCUGUAAGAGCAGUUAUACUACCAAGUGAUAAAGUUGUUGUACCACCAGUUGUCCCAGAAAACCUCCCUGUUAUACCGUUAAGUGAUAGCCCACCACCUUCAAGAUGGAAACCCGGACAGAAACCGUGGAAGCCAUCUUAUGAGCGAAUUCAGGAAAUGAAAGCUAAAACAACCCAUCUAGUGCCCACACAAACUAAUUAUAAUUUAGUAAUUAUUAAAGAGGCUAAUAUUUCUUCCUCCUACCGUAAGCGUCAAAGGAGUUCAGACAGUGAUCGAAGUGGUUAUUCCAAAUAUCACAGCGAUAGAAGCUCGGAUAGUUGGCUGAGAUCAAGAAGCAGAUCCUCUCGAAGUAGGUCAUACUCAAGAUCUUAUACGAGAUCAAGAAGUCCAUCUAGCUCAAGAACGAAAUCCCGUUCUUCUGGCAGAUCACCAUCACUGAGUAAAUACCGCAGUGACAGGUCAGGUUACAGUGAGUCAACAUCUUAUUAUUCCCUUAGUAGUGAUGAUAGACCCAGACACAAAAGAAAAUCAGCAUCCAAGGAGCAAAACACUCGGUCCCUUAAAAUAAGGCAAGAAACUAGCUCUGAAGGUACUCUCCCUUAUAAAUGUACUAAAGACUAUGAUGAAUCUUCGCAAGGUUUAAAAGAGAGUGACAGUUUAUCAUCUUCAGACUUUUCUACUGAUAGUGAGCAUUCUGUCAAAAUAAAAGUAGUUCAAGAAAAAGAAGGCCAUUUUCAAUUAGAAGGAGAUGCUCAGAAACAGGACAAAAAUAACUUAAGUUCUGAGAGAGGGGAGGAGAAAUCAAAGUGUGAACAAGAUACUGGUCGUUCUAAGAAGAAAGCUGUUCAGGAGAAAUCUUCUGAGCAAUCUAGAGGUGGUGCAAAAACUAAACGAAAAUCCUAUUCAGGCAGUAAAUGGGACUCUGAGUCCAAUUCAGAACGAGGAGACGCUAGGCAUAACAGAGGAGAUUCCAGACCCUCAUCUGGUAAAGAGGAAGGAGAGGCCACAUCAGGAUCUGAUACAGAGCUUAGUGCUACCAAAAGGACAAAAACAAAAUCAAAUGCUUCAGAAGGUUUUCUGGAUUCUGAUUGUAUUUGGAAGGCAAGCAAACAACAAUUGUCCUCUUCUGAAUCCGAGGCUUCUCAUUCUAGCUCAACAAAUAUUAGAGGAAAGUCAAAGAAACACAAACAUGGAUCAAAAAAAACUCUUAAAAAAUCACAUUCCAAAAAGGCAAAAGAAAAAUCAAAAGGGAAAAAAGAGAAGAAACACAAAGUUCAGAAAAGAAAAGAAAUGUUUCAUUGGCAGCCCCCACUGGAGUUUGGUGAAGAGGAGGAUGAUGACAUAAAUGAAAAGCCAGUUACCAAGGAUGAUAAAGAAAAGCGACUUACCAGGGAUAUAAAAGAUAAAAAACAAGACGCUUGUGAACACGAUGAAACGCUCAAACAUGUAAUGGGAAAUGGUGAAAAGUCUUGUGUGGAUGAAAACUUCUUAGGUAAAAACACUACAUGUGAUACCUCACCAGAUCACAGUGACCUUCAUAAAGACAGCAUUGAACCAAACGCUUCCCCCAGUACUUUAAACUCGGGUAUAAAUGUGACUGGUUCCAAGAACGAGAUUAAACAUACUGAAGAAAACAAUCAAAACGGACUGGAAGAUGUUAUUCAGACAGAUGACAACAUGGAAAUUUGUACUCCAGAUCGUAACUCACCGGGGAAGGUGGUCAUGGAUGUUUUGUCGCCUGUCAUCCUCAGCACUAAACCCCAGGCUUUAAGUGGUGGUGUGAACAAAGAUGUACCGGUUGAGACCCCUGAACCAGAUGCUGUCAAACUAGGAAACAAUAUUACAGACUUGAUUAAAAUCAAAGAAGAAAAAGAAGUAGGAAGAGAAGAAAAUCAUUCUGUCCCAGUGUCUAGUACUAAAGGCAGCACUUUAAAAAGUGAAAUAACUGAAAAUACACAAAGUAACAUGAUUGAUAAUAAAUGGAAGCCUUUGCAAGGUGUUGGUAACUUACAGCCAGCUACUGUUAGUGCCACCACAGAAGUUAAGAAUGCAGUUUCAGCUCCCGAGCCAAAGCCAGCAGGUUUAAGAAUUGAAAUAAAAGCUAAGAAUAAAGUAAGGCCUGGAUCUCUGUUUGAUGAAGUUAGAAAAACAGCACGGCUCAAUCGAAGGCCAAGGAACCAAGAAAGUUCCAGUGAGGAAGAAUCUCCAAGUAGAGAUGACAAUAGCCCGUCCAGGAGUCUUAGUAGGUCACGAAGUAAAUCUGAAUCUAAAUCCAGACACAGAACAAGAUCCAUAUCUUACAGUCACUCAAGAAGUCGAUCACGAAGUUCUACAUAUUCCUAUAGAUCGAGAAGCUAUACAAGAAGCCGAAGCAGAGGGUGGUAUAGUAGAGAUCGGUCAAGAAGCCGAAGUAGUUCUUACCACAGUUAUAAGAGUCGCAGUCGAAGCUAUACGAGAAGUAGAUCCAGAAGUAGUUCUUACGGUCAUCGCAGUCGAUCCAGUAGGUCAUACACUUAUGAUAGUUACUACAGCAGAAGUCGAAGUAGAAGUAAGAGGAGUGACAGCUAUCGAAGAUCUAGAAGUUAUGACAGACGAUCUAGAUCUUAUGGCUCUGACAGUGAAAGUGAUCGCAGUUACUCUAACAACCGAAGUCCCAGUGAAAGCAGCAGAUAUAGCUGAAAAUGUUUCUUUAACGAUGGAAAUUGUAUUUAAGAAUUUUCAGUGUUGUAUAAAAACAAAAAAGCUGCUUUGACAGUGCCACAGGUGAAGUUGAAGGGUUUUUGCUGAGCGAGCUGAAACUUUACCAUUUAGCAGUGAACUCAUGUACCUAUGGAGAAGAGUACUGAGCUCAACUCAGCUGUGUUUAUAUCAAAUGUAACUUUUACAAAAUAGGAAAGAAUUUUGUUUCCUUGAAUCGGAUUUUCCAAGCCAUGAAUGACACUUAUAUGAAUUUACUGACACCGCUUUUGUGGGUGCAGCAACCUGUACUGUCUUUAGGUAUCUUUAUAUAAACACCCUAGGGCUUUCAGCCUGUUACUAUUAAAUAUAUGCUAGCAACUAUAAAACUGUGAAGAAAACUUCUUACAAAGGUUGUCAUUUGUAGUUUAUUAAAAUAUUUUUUUUAAAUGUUGGAAGAUGGGUUCCAUGCCGUCUUGUGUAUUGACUGUAACAUUAUAUAGUGUGUAUAUAUACAACAGCUAGGUGAUGAAAGCAAAGACUGCCACUCUGUCUUAAUUCUUAUUGUACUGUGAUAUUACAAAAGUCUACAGAAGAAGGUGAGAAUACUACACACCGUGGUAUUGUAAAACUGACAAGUCGUGAGAAACAGUGUAUUUAGUCAGUUUUGAUCUUAAUAUCCAACUUGUCUAAACCCGGAUAUUUUAAAGUGAAUCUUGUGAUAAAUAACAAUAUUCUGAAGAGUUUAAAAAGUGUUUCCAAAUGGUUCUGUUUCCGUUCAUAUUAGUGCUUGGCAUACUUCAACAGAGUUUGAAGUUGACUUGUAAACAGUUGAGGCUAUCAUGAGUUUGUUCAAAACACUUUUUAAACACUUAAGUGAAAAUAAUUUUUGAGAAAAUUUAUUGAGAAAAUAAACCAUAAUGGUUCCUUUAUAAAACGUCUGUAGAGGUAUCCCAUUUGUCGUAGGGAAUAGCAUUGCACAGGUAUUGAGUUAAAUGUUGUUCAAGUGAUAUGACUAUAAAAAUACUGACAUGCCUGAUAAAAAGCAUGCACAGUACUUUCAAAGUAAACUUUAAUACCAAAAAUGGCUUCCCAUUACAGAUAAAUGGUUUGCAGAAGUGUAGUUUUAAAGCCGAAAAGCAUUGAGUAAUUUUUGCAAUCUUCUGAUUCAGUUGAUUUAAAAUCAUUUUUAAAGGUUUUUUCAAUGUUUAGAAAGUUGUAUACUAAGAAGCAGGGUUUUUUUUUUUUUCUAAUGGCAUAAUGCACUCGGGAAAGUGGGGUCUGUAGUGGAAAAAAACAGGCUAACAUAGCUUUAUUAGAGCUAAUGAGUAUGGUUGUGUUAUAGCUUUCAUUACUGACUUUCUGUAAUAUCUUGACAUGCUUUAGUUUUCUCAGAUGUUUUGAAAUAGUGAAAAUAAGGGUUUUCUUGUUUUUGGUUUUGGCUUUUUAAAAAAAAAAAAAAAAAUCUCAGCAGGACCUGGGAGCUUUGAGAAGUAAAAAUGGUAAUUUCUCCCUUCAACAUCAAUUUUUACUCCCUUUGUGAUUGCAUUAAACUACCAAAAAUUAGCUUUUGAUGCCCUUCUGAAACAUGCGAAGAAAGCUCAAAAUAAAUGUUGGAAACUUAAGGAUGCCCUAUGUCUAUAUCCAUGAAAAGCUGAAUAAGACAUCUAUACACGGGGUACUAAAACUGACACAACUCUCAUUCUGCUUUCCAAAAGAAACCAAAUAAAUCCAGAAGGAGCACAUAUAGAUCCUUUAAACCCUUUCUUACCUUGUAAUUCAAUGAAAAAGUGUGCUCGUGUAGUCCUUUUACUAAAUCACUAUUUUGUAGACUUCUUAUAAAUGUGCUUAAUGUUACAAAGCAUUACUCAAGUCAGUUUGCAUUUAUACACAUCUUUCUAACAGAGUAGCAGCCAUUUAGAGUAUUGAAUAAAUAUUUCCUUGCUAACUCAAGAUACUUAUGUUUGUGGCAGUAUUAUAGUUUUAAGGGCAGAAAUAACUUGUUUUUCCCCUUAUUGAGAACGUAGCAGUAGUGGGCUAGUGGUGUAACACAGUAUACAAAAUAUAAGUAUUGCCAUUCAACUUUAUCUCAAAUAAUAAUAAAAAAGCUCCAUAAUCUGGUUUUGCCAUGUUUUGGAUAAUCAGAGUUGAUUUUUUUUUUAUUUACUUUUAAGGCUGGGAAAAGGUAGUGAAAUAAAAGUAAUGUUAACCAAUAAUUGUAAUUGUCCAAACGUAUUGCAAUGUUACCAAUGUCUAUUUCAUAUCUCAAAUUAUAAGCUUUAUAAAGGAAUUCACUCUGGUAGAUGCUUGGGGGAGGGAUGGGGGGAAGUAUUUUUUACUUAGUGAAAUUAUGUUAAGUUGUUCUUCAAAUAGAAGAUGCACCACUGAGCAGGUUUUCUAAUGUUGGUCUUUGUCUUUGCAAUUUUGUUAUUCAAAAGUAGCUGCUGUUUGUAAAAUAAACUUUUGUAUAUAUCUGUGAAUGCUGUUUUCUCUACAUGUGGAAAAAAUCCCUUACUGCUUGAGGGAAACUAGCAGAAAAUUAAAAAUAUGCUUCAAUUUCUGUAUCCACUUUUGUCCCUUGCAAGGCUACAAGCUGUCCUUCCUUCUCCUGACCUAUGCAGAAAAUGAUUCCUGUGCAAGAUUCUGUACUAGGUUUAUACAAUAGUCAUAGGAGGAACAAAUAUUUUG